CCCUGCUGCUGCUGCUGGUGGCCCUGACCCAGACACGGGAUGGCCGGGAGCCAGGCGGUGGCCGGGACAGGGUGGGGCGAUGCAUUUGCCAGCGCAGAGCUUUUCAGUCACUGGGCUGAAACUGAAAGGAGCCGGGCGUUAGCUGUGCGGCGGAGCACCGCGGGACGCGGUGCCACCAUGGAGCUGGGGAACAUCUCGCAGCCCGUGUACGGCCCCGGCCUCGAGGAGCCGAGCAGCAGCACGCCGGGGCUGGUCCGCAUGGUGCACGGCUUCCUGCGCCUGGUGCAGCCCCACGGUCUCCCCCUGGAGCUGAUAGCGGAUCUGGCACAGACGCAGGGCGAGGUGGCGACCGACGAGCAGAAGGAGGAGCUGCUGCGUUACGAGCUGGGCUUCCUGGUGUGCGUCGCCAUCGGGCUGCUCUUCGCCGUCGCGGUGCCGCUGGCGGGAUGCUGCUUCUGCUGCUGCCGCUGCUGCGGGCGCUGCGGGGGCCGCAUGUCCCAGAAGCGGAGCGGGCGGAUGCGCAGCCGACGCCGGGUGCUGUACGGCGCUGUGCUGCUGGUGUCCGCGCUCCUGCUGGCCGGCGAUGUGUGCGCCUUCAUCAGCAACAUCCGCUUCUCGCAAUCCGUGAGCAGCACCUUCCCCAACAUCAACAGCACUGUGCACGACCUCCGCUCCUACCUGCUCUCCAUCCCCCAGCAAGUCAGCUUUGUCAUCGACAGCAGCAACGUCCCGUUGGGCAACACCAAUGACAGCCUGCUGAACAUUGGGCCCCUCCUCGGCGGCAGGAUCGCCUCCAGCAUCAGGAACAACACAGACGAGGCGCUGGGAUCCCUGCAGAGCCUUUUGGGAGCAAUGGAAACACUGGCGUCCACCUUCGGCACCAUCAACAGCACCCGCUGGCGCCUGGAGAAACUGCAGGGCACCUACGAUGGGCAGCUGGGCACGCUGCGGGCACGCAUCGAGAGCACCUUGCAGCGCUGCGGGCAGCCCUGCAGCACCGCUUCAUCCAAUGGUGUGGCCUUUGUGGCCAACUAUAGCACGGUGCCCGGUGUGGAGCGGCAGCUGGAGGCGCUGCGGGAUGUGCUGGACAGUGGCAUAGAGGGGGAUUUGGAGGUGAUCAGCGUGCUGGAGCAGGCCCCCAGAAAGGUGCAAGAGCAGUCCCAGGAUGUGGUGACACGGACUCAGGAGCAGCUGGGCUACAUCAGGCAGGAGAUUCGCAGCAUGCAGGACCAGCUGCCGCUACAGAACAUGGAAGAGAGAGCUGGGAACCUGGUGAACCAAACCGGUGCCGUGCUGCGGGACAGCCAGAAGACUGUCACUGACCUGGAUAGUGUCAGGUGGAGCGUGUGCGCCCUGCUGUGCUGCAUGGUGCUGCUGGUAGUCCUGUGCAACACCUGUGGGCUGCUGCUGGGGCCGCUGGGGCACAAGGAGAGCACGCUGCCCACCCAGCGCGGCUGCCUCUCCAACACCGGAGGGAACUUCUUCAUGGCAGGGGCGGGCUUCAGCUUCAUCUUCUCCUGGCUGCUGAUGCUGCUGGUGCUGCUCACCUUCUUCCUGGGGGGGAACAUCUACAUGCUGGUCUGUGAGUCCUGGCGCAGCCAGCAGCUCUUCCAGCUCGUGGAUACCCCCGGCCUCAUCCCCGGCUUCAACCUUUCGGAGGUGCUGGGUGACGAGAGUGGCACCGUCACCUUCUCACAGAUCUACAGACAGUGCCAGCAGGAUGCUGCCCUAUGGCAGACGCUGCGCCUGGACCAGAGGGUGUCCCUGGAUGAGCUCCUGAACAUCAGCCAGUACACAGGGGAGAUCUCAGCGACUUUCCAGAAGCUGAACAUCACCCUGACCCCCAUCUCUGUGCUGAACGAGAGCCAGCGAGAGCUGCUGCUGAAUGCCUGCCGCGAUGCACAGCCCCCCAACUUCACCCACACCCUGCAGCAGCUGGAUCAGGGCAUCACGGUGGGCAGCCUGCAGGAGCUGGCCACAGAGCUGGAGCAGCUGGUGGACAACGCGGGUGCAGAUGUGCAGGUGGACCUGAUGGCAGAUGCUGCUGAGCUGCGGGAGCUGGACAGGGAGCUGAAGAGCAACUUCUCAGGGCCGCUGAAAACCCUGAAGGAGAACAUCCAGCUGGUGCAGAGCCAGGCUGCCCAGCUCGAGGCACAGACAAAAUCCACGUUGGACAAAGCCAACGCCACAGAGGAGUUCCUGGGGAGGGAGAUGGGAAACAUCAUCAAGAAAGAGAUGUGGGCCUUUCUAGAGGAGCUGCUGAACUUCUUUGAGACCUACAUCACCUGGGCCAAGAGCAGUCUGAGGAUGGAUGUGGCACGCUGCAAGCCCAUAGCCCAGAGCCUGGAUAACGUGGAGGCCAUCGCCUGUGACCACAUCUUGGACUCUAUGAACACCUUCUGGUUCAGCCUGGGCUGGUGCACUGUGUUCCUGCUGCCCAGCAUCAUCCUGGCCGUGCGUCUCGCCAAGUUCUACCGCCGCAUGGACAUCGAUGACGACUACAGGAAAGAAGCUGUGGAGAUAGGACCUGCAUUCAACCUGUACAAAAUCCCCCGGCCAGCUACAAGGCAUUAGCCUCCAUCAACACGGCACAGGCACUAAGGACACCGAACACAACAGCAGCUCUGUCUACUGCAUCUUCUCCCUUAGCAGUGGGAACAGGCUGGAAGCCCCCUCCCCACUUCCCAAUAAGUGCUGAUGUGCUGCAGCUGGGAGACAGCCUGCAGGAGAAGGGUGUGUGCCCUUUGCACUGCCCCAGGUGGGGCUUUGCUACCCCUCAUCACCUGGGGAAGGUGGCAGGGAAGAGGAGGAGUAGCAGAGCAUCUCUUCCACGGCUCAAUGCAGCUGUGGUGUGGGGCUGGGCCAGGGCUCCCCCCUCCCCCUUGUGUGCACAAGCAGAUGCUCCUGUCUGAGGGGAACCUGCUUACCCACUCCAUAACCAAUGUGAGUAUUUAUCUGUGCAGGGAGCCUGACUCUCCAGUGCUGUGAUUUUGGGUGUAAAACAAUAAAUGAGGUGAUUUCAUGUUG